GUGUAUAAUAUAAUUUAUGGUUAUUAGUACAGACAUGCUACAAAUUUGUAUUAUAACUUUUAACUGAAGCUUUACAGGAAGCACAUUCUACAUCUAUAUAUAUUUGACGUAACAUUUUACUUUCUCCAAGCGUUUAUCACGUAUAACGUUCUCGAAAAAAAUUAUCAGCUUCAUAUUGUAUAUGUGACAUAAGCACUUUUUUAGCUUGAAUAUAUCGUAAUCAUACUGUGAAAGUGAAUAUUUUUUCUUAACUUUGAUUUUUUCCCCAUUCAUCUGAAUCCUAUAGUCUAGUUAACAUGUUUUAAUUAUUCUAGUAAUUAAAAUUCCCUAUUUUGUCGCUUGAGCCUAGUUAUUAUACAUUCAUUAUGUAGUGGUGAAUAAUAGCAAAUGAAACAAUAAUAUCCCUACACAUUGUCGAAAUACAAUCAAUUAAAUGAUACAGUAGUUGAUUUUUCUUUCUGAUCGAGUUGAGGCUGUUAGACGACUCUCUGUGUUUGAUCAUCGUUGUCCCCGAAGGAUUGCUAAUAUUCAGUAGCAAUACCAUGUUAGUAAUGCAGAGGUUCGGCAUCGUGUGUUCGGGCACAGAGAUAAUAAUCCGAUUGAUGUCACCAUCUUGAAACAUCGACUUCGGUGACUUGGUCAUGUUCUACGAAUGUCGUCUCAGAGAGUUCCACGUCGUGCAUUAUUUGGCGACUCUGAGACUGGUUGGAAAAAGAGGAGAGGUGGUCAGUGUUUGAAAUGGUGUCGUGGUAUGAAAGAAAGCUGCACGGGACUGACUUGUGUUGAUCCUUCACGACUCACUGGCUGGGGGUCCUAGAGAUGGUGCGACACAGUGGCUAGAGAGGUUAUCAGAUAUGGCUCAGAAUAGAAGCCAGUAGCGAUCCUGCUGUAACCUCCUUUUACUUUUUCCAUAAAAAGUAGUUGUAUCUUCCUUAACUGAAAGAAUUUUUCUGGUUGUAGCUUUCUGUUUCCCCUAUUAUUAUUAUUAGUAAUAUUAUCAUUAUUAUUGUUAUUAUUAUCACUAUUAUUACACUACCUUACACUAGUCUUUUUUUUUUCUUCUACUCUCCUUACCUUAUUUUCUUUCUGUUCCCAUUCUUAUUGUUUUGUGUGGCGCAUAUAUAUUUGGUGCCUUCUUGUAUCAAUAUUCAUGUGUUCAACUAAAUAAAUCCAUAGUGCGAAGAGUCACUCUUAAAGGAAGAAUCAAUAUUUUAUAUACAAAAAACAAUUAUCAUUUAAUAGCUGUUCUGGAAAUGUUCGCAAUAUAUUUAUAGUUAGCGUCCAGUAAUUAAUCCUUCAAUUCACUUAUAAUCAGUAUGAUAAAUUAUUUGUUUUCUUGCAGAAAAUGACCAGUGUUUCAAUGCAAACUAUCCUUCGUGCUGAGAAACCUUGUUGUUCGUCAUAUAAACAGUUUAUCAUGACUCGAAAUAAUAAUGUUUAUGUAGAAUAAAUUUAACUGUUAGAUAAAUAAAUUUAAGAUCAAAUUUUUAUUAUUCAUUAUUCUCUGUUUGUGUGCUUUCCUGGAAGCUUUUUAUUUUAAACACGCUUGACAAACGUGUAAUUGAACCUAAAUAUAAUUCAAUAAUGACAUGAUUAUUUAGUUUAUUUUUGUUGAAUACAUGAAUUUGUUAUUCUGAAUGUUAUCUGUUGUACCCUAACAAAUCGUUUUCUUUUUAUUGUAAUGUUUUUCUUCACUGUAUAGUGAUUUAGCAGCCCGCAAUUGUCUAGUUGGCACACAACAUACCAUUAAAGUGGCAGAUUUUGGUUUAGCUCGUUGUAUAGAACGUGAUCUUACCUAUCGAGCUCAUGAAGGCGCUAAAUUUCCCAUAAAAUGGACAGCACCAGAAGGCUUAGUCUAUAAUCUGUUUUCAACUAAAUCAGAUGUAUGGGCAUUUGGUAUAUUAUUAUGGGAAAUUGCCACCUAUGGAAAAACACCAUAUCCAGGUGUUGAAUUACAAGAUGUUUAUGUUUUAUUAGAAAGAGGUACACGAAUGCUUUGUCCUGAAGGUUGCCCUGAACCAGUUUAUGAACUUAUGUUACAAUGUUGGCAAUGGCUUCCAGAACAACGCCCACCAUUUUCUGAUAUAUUAAAUCAAUUGGAAUCUAUGCCAACUAAUUCUACAACGGAAGAAGAAGAAGAACAAAUUGAUUUUGAUAUAACUUCUACUACAUCAUCAUCAUCGUUAUUAAUAAAUAACAAUGAAAUAAAGGUGAUCAACUCUAGCGAGCCAAAUAGAUCCAUUAAACAUCCACCUAAUAUUGCGUAUCCGCGACCGCCACUGCCUCCUAGACCACCCCCACCAAGAAGAAGUACCAGUUGCGAUUAUUUAAUUGAUGAGAAUGAUGAUAAUCAAUUUGAUAUGAUUAAAGAGGAUUGUAAAUCCGAUUUGGGUAGUGAUAUACCAGUAAAUGCUAUAAAUAAUAACAAUAAUAACGUUAACCACAAAUCUCAUAGAGGUAUAUUUACAAGGAGUUUUAAGAAUCCCCUUUCGAAACAAUUACAUAUUGGUGAUUCAAGUACUGAUGAGUUUGGUACUACUGAAAAAGAUCUACCAUUUACAAACUCAGGAUCUCUUGGGCGUAAAAGAACUGCACCGCGGCCACCAAGACGUACUACACCAGUUAAACCGUUAAAUUUCUUAACUGAUUUCAAUUCAUUAGAAGAUAGUAAUUGUGUUUGCCCGAAUUCCCAUCUGGAUGACUUUGAUCAUCCACCACUGCCACCCCCGCCAGUUCAUCUUGAUUCUAGUCAUCAUCAAAUACAUCAACCCCGAUCACAACAACAUCCUCGUCUAGCACCACAGUCUAAUAAUGGUUCAUUAUCAAAUAACUCGAACUCAACACCAUUUACAGUGCCAUCAGUUAUGAGUAGUUCUGCAAUUUUCCCAUCUUCUCGUCAAUUUUCAUAUGUGGAUCCCAUUCCGUUAGAUAACAGCCUGACAAGAUCAAUUUGUCCUGAUCGUUUAAUAUCACCACUUGCUCCUCCCACACCAGGUAAACAUAUUCAGCUUUCUUCAAAGUCACCAGCUUUAUCGAAAACCACUGUAAAUUCGGAUUUACCUAACAAAACUAAUCCCGUUGUAGAUCAUUCCCACAAUAAGCGCAGUAUAGAUUCUAAUUUUCCUAAUGAAUCUUAUUCAGGGAAUAAUGUUUCUUCUAAGCAAAAUGUUCAUCCUACCAAUGUUUCGUCGUCUGUCUUUCAAGAGGAAUUACGAGAUAGAUUAAAACAACAUUCUCAACAGCUUAAAAGUUCAUCUCAGCUGAAACCGAUUACAUCUAAAUCUAUACUAAAUAAUUCACCUAGUAAUGUUACGAAUUCAGUGCUGCGUAAUCAGGAAAAAAGUGAUUCAAAAUCAUCGGUUUCUAAUUCUUCCCCUUAUUUCACUAUCCCCCGCUUAAGACCACCACCACACUCUGCGAAUUCACCUCGAAUAUCCUCGAAUAAUACUUCUGGAUCCAGUAACAACCAAACAUCAACACGUGGAAAAGUGGAGCCUCCAUGUUGUCCUUCAGAAUUGAUCCGAUCACUUGCAUCGACUCAAAUCAAAAAUGAUAAUAGUUCUCAUUCAACUGUCACUACGACCAGCAAGUUGCCCACAAAUAUCAAUAGUAAUAAUAAUAAUUCCCCAAAACCUCAUUUCAAAAGGUCUGAAAAUGAAAUCUCUGAUAAAUUAUCUGAUAUAAUACAAAAGCGUUUAAGUUGGACUGGUCCAACUGAUGAUCAUUCAGCUGGUAAUCAGAAGCGGUCCCAACGAUUAUAUUUACCUACUAUAUUUUCUACAUCAUCUACAGCAUUGGACGAGACUAAUGGUAAUAAUCAUUGUGUUCCACCAACAAAACACCACUUGAAAAAGCAUUUAUCAAAUAUUUUAGGAGACUUAGAACGUUUGAUUCGUAUGAAUGAUAAAAAAAUUCCUGGAAAUAUUACUUCCUCUCCCUCUUCCGCUACCAUUUCAUCAUCAUCGUCAUCAAAUUUAGAACAGUUAAUUGAGUUAGCAGAUCAAAUGGAAGCAUGUCGACUUAGUUGUUCUGCAUAUAUUGAUCAGGCCACAUGUUCAGCUCGAGCAAAAUUUAAUUUUCGUGAUCGAUUUGCAUGUUUACAAACAUUUAGCAGUUUAUUACGUUCUAAAAAACUCGAUUCUACUUGUAAUAAUAAUACUAAUAAUCUAAGUAAGUACAAUAAAAAUAAUGCAAAUUUAUUAAAAGACGCAGAGAAUGCCAUCAAAGAAAUUAUUAAUGAUUUAGAUAAACUAACCGAUAAUGUAAAUACAACAUUAUCAUUAGAUACUACAUUGAAUAAUUCAAAUUUCCCAGAACAUAAAUCUAAUUCAAAUUUAACAACAUCUAAUCAAUCCAAUUUAACUUGUACAGAAAAUCUUAGUAUUACUGACAAUAGAAGCGCUACAGUUUUCACUUGAUUUCUUUACAUCUAUGUGCAUAUUAUUAUCAUUAUUUCUGGUUAGUAUUAGGAGAUUUUACAUCGAAAUUUAUUGUUCAUAUGUUUCAAACAUCUGCAUUUUACUUCCAACUAUCAUUCUUUGUUUGCUUUUCUCUGUUGAUUUAGACAAAUCCCUCUUUUUUUUAUGUAAAUGUUUACAAAUUGAAAAAUAUACUUUCCUUUUUGUUUUACGGUUAUAGUUUGAGUGUUUUUCUUCUCAAUCCUUAAACUAUUCAAUGGCCCCUGCAUUAAAAAGUGUACUAACUUGUUUGUUUGUGUUAUUUUAGUUUAUCUCCCUUUUUUGUAUUUGUCUUUUUGUGUUUUUACGUUCUCAUGUAGAGUAGAGUAGACAAAUCAGUCAAUAUUUAACACAUCUCUUUAAUCCACUCUACUAUUUAUCUGGAAUACAUAUAUUUCACUCUUUCCUUCGAUUCCUUUACAAUCUAAAUGAAUGUAUAUAUAUAUGCCUAUUUCAGCUCACAUCUUAAUUUAUACUGUUGUAAAUAAAAUGUUUUCAAUUGUGUUUUUUUUCGUUAUUUCAAUGUUCAGUUAUUAAUUUUAUUACUAUCAUUACUUAAUUUUCCCUUCUUUGUACUAUUCUUCACCAAUGUUCCAAUAAUAUUGUGUAGUAUGUCUCUUGCGAUUCGAUAUAGAAAAUGAUUAUUUUUUCAAUAGAAGACAAUGUUUUUUUUCUCUCACUUCCAGUAAGAAAUAAAAAGUUUUAUGUUUGUUCCCACAUUCAACUAAAUGCGCACAAAUUUACUCAAUCAUUUGAAUUCCAGGUGAAAUUGUAAGGUUGAUCGAUUAAUAUGAACAUUUGUUCGUUCAUUUGUAUAAUUUUAUUAUUAGAUCUUUUUAUUUUCCCUUAAUUUAUCCUGAUAUCAUUUCAUUUGUUUCUACCAUAAUCCUGUAUCACUGUUGGUGCGUAUUUUGAUUACUUACUUUAGAUUCUCUCUCUCUCUCCUGUCACAUGGUAUCUUCGUGCUUAUUCUUUAUCAUUUCCUCCCCCACCUAUAAUCCCUGCCUAACUGUGAUCUCUGUGAAAAAAAAUAAUUACCAUAUAUAUAUAGUAUCCUAUUACCGUAUAUUGUUCUUGACAGCUUACUACUUAUCUUCAUUUUUCCUGUUUUUCUAAUUCUUCUCUUCAUGUGCUUGUUUUCUGUGAAGUAUUAUGGAUCUGGUCAUACUCAUGACGAAAUUAAUGAUUGUCAUUAUUAUUAUUAUUAUCAUUACUAUUAGUAAGAUUCUUAUCUAAUGAUCAAUAUAUAAUUUGUU